UUUCUUGAAUCGUGUUCCAACCUUUUUACCUUUGCUGCUUGCACUGCUGUCUCUGUCACUCCCAUUUGGAAUUUCACUUCCGUACCAGAGCAGUUUUGAAUUUGGCAGCUGAUGGAAUCCCUUCACUGCAAGUGCUAGAGGUGUAUUUGGAUUCUCCAGCUCCUUCAAUAAAAGAGGAAGGAACAAAUUCGUUGAGAUGUCCGCAGGUAAUUCCGUAGAAAUGUCCUCAUCAUCAGAGGAAACUGACGUUGAAUUCCUGGAGUCUAACUUCAUGUUUCACGAAUUCUGUGACAAUGUUGGCGAGUUCAGGUACACGUGCCAAAUUAUGAAGAUGGAGGAGAGCUUCUAUAUUUAUGUUGGGGCAACCGGAAAGGAGACGAUGGACCAGCUAACGUACGCCUUUCUGUCGUCUUACGACCAUCAACCCUUGGUUACGAGAGUUCUUGGAGACAUUGAAAAUACACUGUCCUCAGCUCUGGCUCACAAAUUCACGCAAUUGUGUGGGCAGCCCGUUUAUGUUAGCGUUAAUACACCACUAUACCGACCUGUUAUGGGCAACAUUGAGAGACGUGUAACUGAGGAGUUCAAGAAAUACGCGAUGGAAUCUUGAAUAAUCGUCGUACUCUAGCUGUACAGAGUUCUGUUACUAUAAUUAUGAGAAUAAAUGUAUUGUUCGAA